AUGAAAAGUUUAAAUGUGACUUCGUGGCAUCAUCAAACGCCAGAAAGAAGGCCGCUGAAACGGAAUCGCCUGGGACCGCCCGAUGUUUAUCCGCAAGACAUAAAGCAAGAAGAAGACAACUUAGGCGCUGAUCGACUUAAAAAAGGAUAUCAGAUUGCAGUCACCUCAUAUGAGCAUGAUUCUAUUGUUUGGAACGCUAAGAUGCCACGGCUUGAUAAAAUGGAUGACUCAAUGAUUCGUUGUGCACAAAUUAUCAUGCAGAUAAUGGCAAAAAAGAACGAACUGAAUGCAAAUCUCGAUAAAGAGAGAAAGCGUGGUGCUAAGGAAGGAAUAUUUCAAAAUUUCAGUCACACUGUGGGUCAAAGUGUCAAAUCGAAAGAGCGAAAAGAAUGGUUCACUGAUCUUGCUCGUGGAAAAUCGCUAUCUUAUCUUGCCAGACGACCACCUUUCUUUCGCAAAAAGGAAGAUGCAUUAGAAUAUUUAUGUGAUUUUAAAGUACCUGUUACUCGUGCUCUUUGGUUUCUGAAAUUGAUCGCUGUAGGCCAGGGAAUUGCUUCAAAUGUUAAUAAGCAGAAAAAGUCUACAGCCGAUCAACUGGCUGCAGAACAUGCUGUGCUAUUUUCUAAAUAUGUAAAAUUGAUGUUAAAUCAAAUGAGUGAAAGCGCUAAGCUGGAGACGAAUAUCGUUUAUACGGAACGUUGGCCACAUUUUGUUUGCCUAUGUAAACAUGCAUAUGAGGACGGGAUGGUUGAAAGACAAGAAUUCCUUAUGGAUUUAUGCGAUAUUUUUGCUGAUCGUUUUGUCCAGCGAUCUGAGAAUAGACCACAUUUUUUUAUAUUGUUUCGGAUGUUUCUUUCAUUUUUCGCCCAAUAUGCGGAUCAGAUAACGCAGAAUCUUAUCUUAUCCCGUCGAUGCGCGUUCCUAAUUGCUCGACGAUUAGCGAUUUAUAAAAAAGAAUCUGAAGACACUCUAGGAAGAAUAUCAAUAUUUUUUGUUUUCAGAAUUAUCGAUGCGGCUGAAUUAUUCGAGGAUUUAUUGCAGUGUCAGAAACAACGGCCAAUAAUUUUGAUUUUAUGUGGGUUGCUUUAUGGUAUUUUAAUCGAUUGUCCUGGUGCUCUAAUCUGGAAUAAUUUUCAUGUGGCUGAAGGUCGACCGCCAUCAUUAUUACAUCAGCUAUGUGCAUCGCCACUAGAUCAUCUUCCUUGUGAAAUCGAGGCAUUACCUAUGCCUGCUGGAGUAGGAACGGAUAAAAUUAUGCAUUUUAUACAUCUGCGUGUGGAAGAAGUGAAACGACGUAGUCAUAAUGUUGAAAAUCACUGGUCUUUAAAUCAAACACAAAAGGAUGGUUUUGCUCUGAUUGUUAGAGUUUGUCUUGAAAUCCUGGGUGUUUUGGAUUCUGCUCGUCAUGAUCAGCCUCACAGCAUUGAAAGGAUCUACAAUCUGAUUUUCAGUGGGCCUUCUAAAGAAAGUUUUGAACAUGAGCAUGCCAUUCGUGUAAAGGUUUUAUUACAUUGGGCUGUAACUGUGGAAAGGGAAGGUACUCAUCGGGCCAGCAUCGUUGCAAGUGUUCUUGCACUAAGAAUUAAUCAUCGAAAAGGUUUUCGAUUCGGUCAGUUUAAAUUUUUGAAAAAUAUUAAUAAAUUUUUUUCGCUAAUUUUCGUGAAUAUUUUUGCAGGAAAUCACCAUUUACAAGAUAUAUUAGUGGAAUAUUUGGAAACGGAAAGUCCUCAACCAGGCCAACCGUAUUUUUACGAAGAAUUCUCAAACCUUAUGCAUUUAUUUGUUGAAUUAUUGAGGGCAGGUGUUUUUUCUCACGAUUUAUAUGUUAAAAGUCUUAUUACUACGGGAGAAAUGAUGGAAAGUUUGCCUAUUGUCCCAAGAAUAAGAGCAAGGAAUUCGGAUAAAACAAAGUGCAGUCUUAAUCCAUGUUUUGGGGAAAAAUUUGAUUCUACGAUGGCAAUAAAGGACGAAUAUGCAGUAAAUGUCGAAAGAUCUAUAAAAGUCGGAAAUGCUGCAAAAAUACAAGGUUACCGACUGGAAAAGGAUGAAAACCUGUUCACUCAUUCAAUGCUUGGUCCAGAACUCAGCAUACACGAGCGUUUUUUAAUUCAUCUGCCUAUUCCUCAGUUAUCAGAAUAUCGUGGUGAAUGUAAUCAAAGAUUGCUUCUAUUGUAUGGGAUGGGUGAUGAAAGAGAUAAUGUGAAAAAUGAACUUAAGAAAAUAGCUCGUGAAAUUGCAAAAAUUUGGACGAAGCGAAUCGUUGUUGAAUUUUCAUUUUCAAAACCUUCCGAAAUUCGUUUUAAAAAGCGAACUAACAGGGAGCAAAUUAAUGAAUCAAUUCAAAAAUUUAGAUCGCAGACAUAUUACGAUCAAGUAGUUUUAUGUGGAUGGUGUUGUGAUAAUUUCAUAUCGAUGAUUACUGAUUUUGUUCAUCACCAAGGUACUGUUUUACCAACAGCAGAAGGUCUUGAUAUACUAUUGGAUAUGAUGGAACAAUGUAAAAAUAUAUAUGGGAUUAUGGAAUUUGCAGAAGAGUUGCUACCAUUACUUGUUGCUGUUGAGCGAGUAAUUUCUGAACGACGAGUGGAUUGUGUUCCUUCGAUUAUUUCCACACAGCUAGGAUACGUCCUUGUUGGUUACAUCAGUCACAAUUAUUAUUAUUUUCUUUUGUCAGAGAAUGCUCCAGAGAUUGUUAAUGGACUUUAUCAAAUUAUCGAGAGUCAACUAAAGUCUUCAGAUGCGUGUUUAACUGGAUGGGGUCGGACCAUUGCUAUUUUCAUUUUAAAUGCCAAAAGAGAAUUAAUUGAAGCAGCUUUGACAAAUAAGAAAAUCGAGGGAAAGCGAGAAGUACUUUUACGCAUACUUCCUCCACGAAAGCCUUCGUGCAUAUCUGUAAAUGCAAUAUAUCACGCUUGUUUAUUCAAAGAAUCUCUGGAUAAAACGAAGCGGAUUUUCUCCUUCAAUGAUUAUCGUCGUUUAAAUGCAUUAUUCGAUGGACCAGAUGCUCGAUAUAGUUUUGUUAUCAGCGCAUUACGUGCUGCUAAGCAGUGCGAGAGAGAUUUUGAUCGUUUAGUUGAAUUGGCCAAUAUUUGUGGUCACGUAUCAGCUCAGACUGGAAUAUCAGCAGAAUGGUGUGGUGCUAUCCAAGCAUUAUGUUGUUCCAGCGUUGCUGGAAAUCAUGGAUUUGCUGAUUUACUUCUUGCUAUAAAUGUAGAAGAUUCUUCUUGUCAUUAUAGUAUAGCGACUUUUUAUAUGUUGUUAGCUUCUCGCAGUUGUUUUAGUAUGAAUGCCUUAUUUCAUCAACUCCUGCAUACAGCAUUAUCGUCUUUGCUAAAAUCGGAUUCUUCGAAGGCAGAUGUGGACGCUGAAGCUGGAGUUUGCUUGGCACUGCUGGUUUUGGCAGCGAUCGUCUGUCAAAGCGAUGAACCAAUCGAAUUGCCACUAGGAUAUAAUGGUAAAAGUGAAGAAAAAAAAAAAUAUGUAUCGGGCAAUGCAGAUCGAUGGGUUCUUUCUGGUGGUCAUCUUCAUGAUAUCAGUGAUGCUAUAUUCGAUUUAUUAUUCACUAUAUGUUUGUUAGCUGAUUACACCAAAAAUAAGCUCCGCGAUCGUAUUGAAGAAAAAAUUGAUCACUGCUUCCGUCGUGAAUAUAUCUCCCAAAUAUCAAAAGCUGUAUUGAUAGCAAUGUGUGAACAGGAUUGGGUAACACAUCGAAUAUAUCGGGUUUGUGAGGAAACAAAUAUGGACGUUUUCAACUCACACAAAUUAAAGAAGAACUGUCUCGGACAGCAAUUACUUCGAAUGACCUUAAGACGAAAAUGCGAGCAGACUAUUAUACAGGAAUUAACAGUUUGCAAUGGAAAUUCAAAGAAAUCAUUAAUCGAUAAGCUGUUCGAUGUUUUAAAUAUUUGGAAUAUUAGAGCAACAUAUUUUGAUCUCAAAUUAAUGAUAAAAGAAAUAUCGCCUGAAGGCUCAUCUAGUAAGCAUGCUCAACAGCAGGCAAUUGCUGCUGAUGCUUUGAUCGGUGAGAUUGGUAAAUGCUGUCGAGAUCUUUUUACAUUAUCUCGCAAAAGCGAAAGUAAACUGCCGGAGGCAGGAGUUGGUAAAGCCUUCAGGUUAAGGCACAUUACCAAAUACUGGCUGAUUUCACCAUUAGUUCAUGUAUGUCCAAAACCAGUUAAUUUGCCACAGUCUUUUCCAGCGAUUACAGUACAAUCUAAAUUUUUAAAAGAGGCUGCAUCAAUGCUUGACACUGCUAAUGAUAAUAGUAGGGAAAGGAUUCAACAAAGUGCAUGGUUGCUGAGUCAGGAACCUUUCAUUAACCUUGUUCUAACAUGUCUAAAAAGCGAAGAGCAACAACGUGAUGGACUUGUCGGUUCUUUAUUGAAACAGCUUCAAGAUUUGGCCUUAAAAUCUAAAGAGAAUCCGACUUUGCCUUAUUUACGAACAUUUUCACUCGAACGAGAAGGUCUUUUGCUACGUCUUUCAUUGGUCGGUGGUAUGUUUGAUUCAGUAUGUCAUCCAGCCAAUAGUGAUUCUUGGGCCUUACUUCUUUUUCAGUUGAUGCUGUAUGGUGUUGUCUCAAAAGAACGAGAUAGGGUGUUAUUCGAUUCUUGUUAUGAUAUGUUAUCUACCCUUCUGGUUUGGUCCAUAACUGAUCCUAUGAGUGCUAUUCCAAUUAAUUCACAAGAUCCAGAUACUAAAUAUCGAUUCAAUAAUUAUUCAAGUUUUGUAAGGAAGUUGCGAAAAGAACUAAACGAACGAGCUUUGAUUCCAGAGCUGCGAUCGCUUAUGCAGUUUCUCCCUUUGCCUAAACCGUCUUUUGAUAUUAUAACAUGUGAGCCUUAUGGCACCGUGUCUUUAUCACCACAAAAGCUUGCGAAAGGUCAGAUUGGUCCCUCUACCAAAGUAAUAAAACAAGGUUUACAGUUCUCCGAAAAGGUAAAAAUUUCGACCUUUGAUAUGAUUCAAAAUUUUAAUACAGAGGUUUCUGUUAAACGUACAUGGAAUUGGGCGAUGUUUCAGGCCGUCAAAAGCGAUCGAUUACCUAUACCAGUUCAGCGCUAUAUACAACGUCUUAUUCAACAUCAACAUUACAAUGAAUUCGUUAGACCUACAAUUUGCGGUAUGGACAGGCCUCCUAAUUUGGAUAUCUAUUUGUCACCUCCGAUUAUGGAUGUUUCUGAAACACCUAUAAGUAUACAUCAUGUGCCUGCAAACAGUGCUGCUCCAAUCUCAACUUCAGCUUCAGUAGCCUCUAUUUCUUCGACUGCAUCGACUUCUAUUGCUUCCAAUGCAUCUUUAGCUGGAGUGGAUCAAUCAGCAUCAAAUGUUGCGGCACAAAAUCGUGCUUUUCAAGCUGAUAACUCACAAUUAUCAGUGUCUCAAGACCCAAAUAAUGAUGCUGUUAUGUUUGCGCAACCCAGUCAUAUUCCAUCAAUACCUGAAAUGAGUCGCGUUCAAUCAAGUGCAUCUCCGAGAGGAUCGAGAGGUGGAAGAAGGAAGAAUGCGGCAGGACCAGCAAGUAGAUCGCAAGGCACAACGCGUAAAAAACAAAGACAACUGGCAGAUCAAAUGCAGAUGCAAAGUUCCGCACCACAAAUGUCCGGGCCAGUAAUCACUGCUCCUAAUAAUUCAGCUGCAUCUACAUAUGGAUGGGGUCCUCAGCCUAUUCAAAUUUCGCAGAUGCAGCAGUAUUCAAAUAGUUCACAAGCAGGUGCUAUAAAUCAGUCAGAAGAUUCGAAAAUGAAAAUUCAUUCGAUGAUACUACAAAAACGUCAGCAAGCGCAAGCUGCAUCAGGAGGAUCUCAAAACGUUGGAGGAGGACCAUCUAAUUUGGCAGAAAUAAAUAAUUAUCAAAGUAUGGGACAUAGCGAACCUAGUGGUCAAUAUGGAGCUGCUAUGUUGAUGAAGAUGGAAAAUCCUAACAUUGAACAGCCGUAUUCAAUGGGGCCACCGCAAAUGGUUUUGUCACAAGAACAACAAACAACACAAUUUGCACCUCAACAGCGAGUUUAUUCUCAUCAGCAAGCGCAGAAUGCCUCGAACAUGUUCGAUAAUCGUAUGAUGGCUCAACAGGCAAUGCAGUAUGGUCAACAACAAUAUCAACAACGCUUUUAA